AUGCACAAUAGAAAAGCUUCAAUUGCACCGCUAUCGAUGGUGUUUGGAUGUCUUGGUGCGGGCUAUCUCAUCGACAUUGUGGGAAGAAAAACCGGACAUAUAGUGGUCGCUGUGAUAUCCUUAAUAAGCUGGAUUAUUAUAGCAUUCGCUACAAACAACACGUAUAUGCUUCUUGGAAGAUUUGUAGCGGGAUUAUCUGUUGGCUCCAAUAGACCAGUAUCUUUGGUAUACAUUGGAGAAAUAACAGAUCCAAAAUACAGAAGUUUCACACUUCUAGGUCCAUCUACAAUGCUUUGUGUUGGGAUAUUUAUCAGCCAUCUUCUGGGUGGAUAUGUUUCAUGGAGACUAUGUAGCUACAUUUAUGCGUCAAUAAUUUUUAUCAGUAUCUUAUUAUUGUUAAUCUUGAGAGAGAGCCCUCUCUGGCUUAUAUCGAAAGGGAAGAUCGAUGAAGGUAUCCAAGCUUUUAAAUGGUUUAGAGGUGACGGCAUUGACUCUCAAAAGGAGUUGCAGUUGGUUUUACUUCGACAGAAUGAAAAAUCUAACCGAUACUUUUAUAAUGACAUCAUGAGCAUAUCAUUUAUGAAGCCACUGUUGACUGUUUUUCUAUUUUCUUUAAUUCAGUUUACCGGAGUGAAUGUUUACAGUUUUUACGCAUUAGAAAUGAUUGAGGAUACAUUUAAGGGUAAUAUCGAUCCUUUCACAUUUAUGCUCGGCAUUGAUGGUUUAAGAUUCGUAAUCAUAUUCUUCAUUUUUGCUUGUAACAAAUUUAUACCGCGCAAGAUUUUCUUCAUUGUCGUCAAUUUUGGCUGUGCUUUAGCCUUAUUUAUUUUAGUCGGUUACUUAUUGCAUUUAGAACGCAUUGGGUACGUAUGGUUGUCUAUAUCUAUAACAGUUUUAUUUAUAUCAUUUGGUGGAUGUGCAAUAACUUUAGCAUGGUCGUUUGUUCCCGAAUUAUUUUCUGCUAAUUUAAGGGGAUUAGGAUCAGGAAUUGGUGCGGCUAUGUCGUACUUUGUGUUGUUUGUUUGUAUUAAAAUCUCUCCAGGGUUUAUGGCGACAUAUGGAGAAGCGGCGAUGUAUGCCACGUAUGGUUUGAUAACAUUAAUUAAUGCUAUUAUAUUGUGUUUUGUAUUGCCUGAAACGAAUGGUCGUACAUUGCAGGAUAUAGAAGAUAGUUACACUAAAAGUAAUACAACUUUAUCAACUGCUUUGUAA